GAUUACGUACAAAAAUGUGCAAUUUUUUUUUGUUUAAGUUUUAUGUUUCUAGUUUCAGGUGGACCACACGAUUGAUGUUGGGUCUUAUUGGGGUUUAAAUGAAGACGAGAAAAACGCUUGACAAUAGUCAUGUUUAAUCGCGCUCGAAUGAUGUGGCUUUGCGUUUGUUGUGGAAAAUGUUUGAUUCAGAUGUGAGCACCGGAGCAGGACAGCUGCUUAUCAAUACCGAAGCUUAUCUUACAAAAAGGAAGAUUAUUUCCAUUUGGACAACAGAUAUUCUCCACAGGUGUGCCAGUUAAAUCGCUGCAGUCAUUUACACCUCACCGCUCCUCCCACCGACCGCCUCCGUUUGUUCAUCGAUAGUGGAAAUUCGGCAGCUUUCAUCUGAAAAACCGGCUGAGAGUAACCUGUGCAUUUGCAACUCCCGAGCACACCUGAUGGAAGCGAACAAGAAAGGAAAGAUGGAAGCCAAAAAAACUGUCAACUGCUCUCAUUGCAAAAAAAGUUUCACACGUAAAAUGCACCUUAAGAUUCACAUGAGAGUUCAUAACGGAGAGAAGCUGAAACAAAAAAAAGCCAUUAGGAGGAACAUAAAGAUCCACACUGGAGAGAUUUCUGACUGUGACCAAUGUGGGAAGAGUUUUUCCUGCAAAAGAAACCUUAAGGAACACAUGAGAAUCCACACUGGAGAGAAGCCACACACAUGUGACCAAUGUGGGAAGAGUUUUGCAUGCAAAAGAAACCUUAAGGAACACAUGAGAAUCCACACUGGAGAGAAACCGCACACAUGUGACCAAUGUGGGAAGAGUUUUUCCUGCAAAAGAAACCUUAAGGAACACAUGAGAAUCCACACUGGAGAGAAGCCACACACAUGUGACCAAUGUGGGAAGAGUUUUGCAUGCAAAAGAAACCUUAAGGAACACAUGAGAAUCCACACUGGAGAGAAACCGCACACAUGUGACCAAUGUGGGAAGAGUUUUACUACCAAAAUAGGCCUAAAGGAACACACGAAAAUCCAUACAGGAGAGAAGCCGCACACAUGUGAUCAAUGUGGGAAGAGUUUUACUACCAAAAUGUUCCUAAAGGAACACAUGAAAAUCCAUACUGGAGAGAAGCCGCACACAUGUGAUCAAUGUGGGAAGAGUUUCACACAAAACGCACACCUUAAGACACACAUGAAAAUCCACACCGGAGUGAAGCCGUACACAUGUGAUCAGUGUGGGAAGGGUUUCGCACGAAAAGACGGGCUUCAGAUACACAUGGUAAUCCACACCGGACAGAAGACGCACGCAUGUGAUCAGUGUUUUAAGACUUUCGCAUUAAAAGGAAACCUUAUGAUACACAUGAAAAUCCACGAUAGAGAGAAGACGCACACAUGUGAUCACUGUGGGACAAGUUUUGCACGCAGAAGAGAACUUGAGGAACAUGUGAAAGAAAUCCACACUGGAUAUAAGCCAUACAAAUGUGAUCAAUGUGGAAACAGUUACACACAAAAAAAACACCUUCAGAGACACAUGAAAAUCCACACCGGAGAGAAGCCACACACAUGUGAUCAUUGUGGGAAGAGUUUUGCACGCAAAGACGAACUUAAGGGACAUGUGAAAAUCCACACUGGAGAGAAGCCACACACAUGUGACCAAUGUGGGAAGAGUUUCGCACGCAAAGGAGAUGUUAAUAAACACAUGCAAAUUCACACCGGAGAGAAACCGCACAAAUGUGAUCAAUGUGGGAAGAGUUUUACUACCAAAAUGGGCCUGAAGGAACACAUGAAAAUCCAUACUGGAGAGAAGCCGCACACAUGUGAUCAGUGCGGGAAGACUUUCACACAAAGAAGUAACCUUAAGACACACAUGAAAAUCCACACCGGAGAGAAGCCGUACACAUGUGAUCAGUGCGGGAAGAGUUUCAUGCAUGGAAGCACUCUAAAAUUACAUCUCCAUACCCAUUCUGUAGAAGGGCCAUUUUACUGUGAUCAUUGCGGUAAAGGUUUUGGUUUGGAAUCAGUUCUGAGGACCCACCUGAAAAUUCAUGCUAAGGAGAAACGUCAUUCGUGUAUUUCAUGUGGAAAGAGUUUUCGGUACUUGGCGCUUUUAAAAAUGCACCUGAAAAGACACAACUCUGUAAAGACUUAUAUGUGUUUUGAGUGCGGGAAGAUGUUUUUUACAAGUUCUGAACUUAAACAGCACCAGAUAUUUCACACUGGAGAGAAACCUUAUAAAUGUUCACACUGUGGCAAGAGAUUCUCUCUGUUAGGAAACAUGAAAGCACACGAGAGGAUCCAUAGUGGAGAGGAGUCAGAUGACUGUCCUCCAAGUGAGAACAGUUUUAGUAAAUUAGCUUCUCAACGCAGUCACACAAAAAGUAAGAAACAGUAAACCUUUCUAUGUAAAUCUGUCCUAACGAGCCACAACAAAUGAGAGGACAAAGAAAUAUCAAAGUUGUCACGGUGAACAAAGUUUUCAUGCCCCGCUUUUUCGUAUGUGAGCUUUUUAUACCCUCAAAGAUGGGAGUUCCUUCCAAAAGAACAAUAUCUAAGAAGUUUUAUUCUUAAAUAUAAUUUUGCUUUUCUAUACAUUUUAUCAUUAUGCUAUGUUUAAUUUUUUUCAAGCAUACUCUUAAUUAAUUAACUCUCUUGUAUGAAAGGUGUUUACCAAAUGUUCUUGUGCUUGCAUGUAUAGUUCAUGAAGCUGAAGAAAAGGCUGUAACACUUUUCGAGACCUGAAUCUGAUACUUAUUUUUAACUUGUUUGUCAUUGUUGUGCUUGGAACAUUUAGCUAUUCCAUCAUGUAUGAUGUUUACCAUUUUUAACCAGUAAAUUUGCAACCAGUAACUGCUUGUUUGUUUUGGCCAUCUUGUAAGUCAUCAAAAACUGAGAGAUCUUUAUCAUGUGUUUUGCAUUUGUUUUACCAAGUAAUCAUUGAUUAAACUUUUUAUCUACA